GUGGUUGGCCAGAGGCGGGUGAGAGGAGCAUGCUGUGCCGGGUCCUGAUUGGUCGGUUUGCUUCACCGGGUUCUCUUUCGUGCCUAUGGUUACCGGCGAAAGGGUGAGGUGUGGGAUACGCGCGGAACCUGUUCGACGAGACCCCCGCCAUGUCACCCCGCUCCCUUGGCGGGCUUCUCCUACUGCUGCUGUGUCUGCUCGGAUCUGCCGUCGCCGGGAGAGAUUUCUACAAGAUCUUGGGGGUGCCUCGCAGUGCAUCUGUGAGAGACAUUAAAAAGGCCUACCGAAAAUUGGCUCUACAGCUUCACCCAGACCGAAACCUUGAUGAUCCACGUGCACAGGAAAAAUUCCAGGAUCUUGGGGCUGCCUAUGAGGUAUUGUCUGAUGAAGAAAAGCGAAAACAGUAUGAUGCAUAUGGAGAAGAAGGUUUGAAAGAGGGUCACCAGAGUUCCCAUGGAGAUAUUUUUUCACAUUUCUUUGGAGACUUUGGUUUCAUGUUUGGAGGUAAUCCUCGUCAGCAAGACAGAAACAUUCCAAGAGGAAGUGACAUCAUUGUGGACCUAGAAGUUACACUGGAAGAAGUGUAUUCAGGAAAUUUUGUGGAAGUUAUUCGAAACAAGCCGGUAGCGAGGCAGGCACCAGGCAAGCGGAAAUGCAAUUGCCGGCAGGAGAUGAAGACAACCCAGCUAGGCCCAGGACGUUUCCAGAUGACCCAAGAAGUUGUUUGUGAUGAGUGUCCCAAUGUCAAGCUUGUGAAUGAAGAGCGAACCCUAGAGGUAGAGAUAGAACCUGGUGUGAGGGAUGGCAUGGAAUAUCCCUUUAUGGGGGAAGGUGAACCCCAUGUUGAUGGAGAGCCAGGUGACUUGCGCUUCCGAAUAAAAGUUCUCAAGCACCCAGUUUUUGAGCGAAGAGGAGAUGAUUUAUAUACAAAUGUGACUAUCUCACUGGUUGAGGCUCUUGUGGGUUUUGAAAUGGACAUUUCCCAUUUAGAUGGGCAUAAGGUGCAUGUUGCCCGGGAUAAAAUCACAAAGCCUGGAGCCAAGCUGUGGAAGAAAGGAGAAGGUCUUCCCAACUUCGACAACAACAACAUUAAAGGAUCUCUAAUAAUUACAUUCGAUGUAGACUUUCCCAAAGAGCAGCUGACAAGUGAACAACGGGAAGGUCUCAAACAACUGUUGAAACAGAAAUCGGUGCAGAAGGUAUACAAUGGACUGCAGGGAUAUUAAGAUUGGUGACAAAUGAACUUUGUUGCAGAUGAGUGAAAUCAGUGCUGUAAACUGCAGACUUCUGGGCGUUGUAGAACAAAGCUGAGGGGUGUUGGAGUGACUGCUGAGACUUCUAUUUUUACAAAUAGUGAGGGUAAUUCGGGGACAGAUCAGAAGACGGUAAAAGAAAUUUCCUUAUUAGCGACACAACUGGUGCUCUAUCUGGAGCAGUCAGGCUCCAGCAGUUGAGAAAUGUGAGGCAUUUCAAUUCAAAUACCACGUUGAAAUUCUGGUUUUAAAAUAUAUUUUGAUGUUACUUUUUCUUGCCCCACUGAGUGAAUUUUCAUAACUCGUUCACAGUCCCUCUGUUUUGCUUGGUAUCACCUCUGUUUCAGACAUUUAACCACAAGGGUCCUUUGCUGUUAACAUUUUGAUUUUUGGGUCCAAUUUGGAAACUAUUGGUAAAAAUAUUUCCUCACUGUCCUGAUUUUUGUAAACACCUAAUCCUCUUACCUAUCAUUCUAAUAGAUUUGAGGCAUGAGAGACCCUUAUCUCUGCAAAUUUCCAUUGUUAUCUGCAUUGUCCUCUCUUUAGGGUUCUGAUAACUGUCCAGAUGCUUCCUGUUUAUACUGUGGAAGUGUACUGUAGUCUUUGCCACUACCCACUUUUGCAUUUAGGUCUUCACAAGCACUGCUACAAUAUGUGAAGCUGCCCAUGAAAGUUUGGCAGCUUACUAUGCAUCUCUCAAGAUUGGCAGCUGUUACCUACACUGAAUUUCCUUUAUAGGCUAGUGAAUGUGUAAUGGAUUUGUAAUAUGUGGUUUUGUAAACAGACACUCCAGCAAGCAAAGGCUAUGCAGUCCUGCAGGCAUAGCAAUUAGUUUCAACACCUGGAUAGAAAUGGCUUACCCUUUGUCCUGUGGGGUGGUAGAGAUAAGACUCACAAACAAAGAGCCUUGUUGCUGAUAGACAAUUUGAGCCAUGCAUCGAAAUAGAAAUGUACUCCCCUAUAUCCACCUUUACACAGCCACUGCUGCUUUUCCCAUUUCUUCCAAAGAACUGUAUAAAAAACUUCCUCCCUAGCCUCUGGUUCAACAAAUUUAGUUUUUGCAUUUUAUGCAACUGAUUUAAGCCAAGAUACUCCUGUAGCCUUCUUGGAAACCAUAGGGCCAAUUCAUGUUUUACAUGACAAGUAUGUUGGCAGCAAUAAACACCAUAAAGCCUGAAGUGGACGUGUGAGAACUAGGCAGCCUAGGACCCUUGGGGCUUCCCACUUUUACAAACAAUUGUCUCCAUUUCACACUGCAUAUGGUACUGUAUUCCUGCAAACACUGGCAUAUAUGCAAUACACACGUUUGCAUCUGACUUUGCCCUUGGUUCUAACUGCUUAGCAAGCCUUUCAGAACUUGUUGAUUGCACAUGCAUUCAUUCAAGACACAAUGACUUGGAAUGGCAUUUAGUUCUUCCUUUCUCAUCCAAGUUGUCUCUUGGCUAACGAGCACAGCAGUCUUAAAAUCUUGCAUUUAUCUGCCCUGGAAUGAGGUAGGGUGCGUGUGUGUGUGUUGCAAUAUGGCUCAUGUUUUGUUCUCCUUGUAAAAGGCUGGCUGGAUCUUUUUCUUUGUGGAUCAGCUCCUUGCAUUGGAUAGCGUGCAUCAAUGUUUAUUUUCUGUUUAAAGAUGAAAGUAUUGUAUUGGUAGCCGCUAAUACUAUCUGAAUCAACAGCCACUGAAGUUACAAAUAGAAGUGUAUUGUCACUAUAAUCUGUGCGAACAGAGCGCUAGAGAUGAGUUAGCAGUGAAAGUGUCCACAUAACUGUUUAUAAAUUGGAAUGAUUUUAUAAAAAUAUCCAACAGUUGUUAACAUUCAGAAAGCCAACCACAUCCCAUCCUUUCUCCUAUUGCUGAAAAUAUUUUUGUGCAUAAAGUGAAGAGACAAAAAGA